GAGGGGAGGGGGUAGAAGCUAGCCUAGCUACCACCAGCCAGAUAAACACUCAGCGGUGGCUUGCGGACUCGCAGCAGUAACAUGGCGGCACAGUUAGCCAACGCUAACGUCGUUCCACCGUCGCCUUCGCGAAGGUCAGCUCAGCCUGUGACGCACGGAAUCUAACCCAGAAAAGGACGGACGACUUGAGCACUAACACAAGUGGACGAGGCUCGGCGCUUUCCUGAUGUUGUCGUCUCGCAGCGAUGGCCUGAGGGACUCUGCGCACUGAAACCAAGGCUGAUAUGCGUUGAGGAUGAGCGGUAUCGGGGAAAACUCUUCCGACCCUGCCAGGGCAGAGUCGCGAAAACGUAAAGAAUGUUCCGCAGAACUCCUUGGACCCAGUCCCAAACGGAGCAACGAGAAACGCAACCGCGAGCACGAGAACAAAUACAUCGAGGAGCUGGCCGAGCUGAUCUUCGCCAACUUCAACGACAUCGACAACUUCAACGUCAAGCCCGACAAAUGUGCCAUCCUGAAGGAGACGGUCAAGCAGAUCCGGCAAAUCAAGGAGCAAGAGAAAGCUGCCGCCGCCAACGAGGAGGAGGUGCAGAAGUCGGACGUUUCGUCGACGGGCCAGAGCGUGAUUGACAAGGAUGCUUUGGGACCCAUGAUGCUGGAGGCCCUGGACGGCUUCUUCUUCGUGGUGAACAUGGAGGGCAACAUCGUGUUUGUCUCGGAGAACGUGACGCAGUACCUGCACUACAACCAGGAGGAGCUGAUGAACACCAGCGUCUACAGCGUGCUGCACGUCGGAGACCACGCUGAGUUCAUCAAGAACCUGCUGCCCAAGUCCCUCGUGAACGGCGUGCCGUGGUCCAGUGAGGGUCCGAGGCGAAACAGCCACACCUUCAACUGCCGAAUGCUGGUCAACCCGCACAGUGAGAGCCCCGAGCAGGCCCACGAGCACGAGCCGCCGCAGCAGCAGAAGUACGAGACCAUGCAGUGCUUCGCCGUGUCGGAGCCCAAGUCCAUCAAGGAGGAAGGCGACGACUUCCAGUCGUGCCUGAUCUGCGUAGCUCGCCGGGUUCCCAUGAAGGAGAGGCCCAUGUUGCCCACGCACGAGAGCUUCACCACACGCCAAGACCUACAAGGCAAGAUAACCUCACUGGACACCAGCCUGCUGCGGGCCUCAAUGAAGCCGGGCUGGGAGGACCUGGUGCGUCGUUGCAUCCAACGCUUUCACUUGCAAAACGACGGCGAGAUGUCUUUUGCCAAACGGCAUCAGCAAGAAGUGCUUCGCCACGGCCAGGCGUUCAGCCCCAUCUACCGCUUCUCUCUCUCGGACGGAACCAUCGUGUCGGCCCACACCAAGAGCAAGCUGGUGCGCUCUCACGCCACCAAUGAACCUCAGCUUUACAUGUCGCUGCAUAUUCUCCAGAGGGAGCAGACGAUGUGUGGCAUGGGCCAGGACAUGGGUCCCGCUGCCCAGGCCCAGGCCGCGGGGAUGGCUCCCAAGCCUGUGAACUCCUCCACCCCCUCCAUGACUCCUCCGACCCCGGGCAGCUUGCCAGGCGCAGGACCUCAGGGCCAAGACAUCAGCAACAGCACGCCUUUCUCGCCGCCGGGCCCCGCCGGGCCCAGAGAGCCACCGGCCAUGGGGGGACACAUGCAGGGCUACCGCUACGGUUGCCCGCCACCGCACAGCCACGCGGGGGGGAUGCAGCCACCGCAGCAGGGCCAGAACUGGAGAAUGAACAGUCCCUCCCGCGCCAGCCCCAGCCCGGUGGGCGGCCCGCAUCCGCCUCAGCAGAACUGCAUGCUUUCCCCCAGGCAUCGCGGCAGCCCCGGGGGGGCGGCCAGCCCCCGCGUCGGCCUCCACUCUCCCUCCCCAGUGGGAAUGGGCGGCGGCGCGGCGGGCGGCCAUGGCAACAGCUACACCAGCAGCUCUCUGUCAGCCCUCCAGGCCCUAAGCGAGUGUCACGGAGUCGGUCACGGGCACGCGCUAGGGUCUCCGGAUCGGCGGAUAGGCUCCCCGGCUAGCGCCCCUCCGGGAUCGGGGGCUCAUCCUGUGCCGAGACCCGGACCAGGCUCGUUGGACUCUUUUGAAGCGGGACAGGGGGUCCACGGGGCGGGCCCGACGGAAAGCAACCCGGCCGACCCGAAAGAGGAGCGUGAGGAUGACGCUCACGCUCGUCUUCACGACAGCAAAUGCCAUACUAAGCUGCUGCAGCUGCUCACCACCAAACCGGAACCUCUGGAGACGCCCCUCUCCCCCAACGCGGGGGCCGAGGGGAAAGAUGGGGCCGGGGUCCGCAGCGGGCUACCCGGAGUGACUACGCAUGCCACAUCCCUCAAAGAGAAACACAAGAUUCUCCACCAGCUGCUCCAGAACAGCACGUCUCCCGUGGACCUGGCCAAGCUCACCGCCGAGGCCACCGGGAAGGAGCUGGGCCAGGAGCAGGGCCAGGGUGCUACCGGCACAGACGGCGCCCCCAAGCAGGAGCCGCUCAGCCCCAAGAAGAAGGAAAAUGCUCUGCUGCGCUACCUGCUGGACAAGGACGAUGGCGGGCUGAAGGACAAGGCGCCCAAGCUAGAGCCUGGAGAGGUCAAGGUGGAAGGGGGGGGCAAACAUCCGCUCGUCAAAACAGAGAAACCAGAUGUCGGCUACGAUCGGGCUGAACAGUCCUCGGAGCUGGACGACAUCCUGAACGACCUGCAGAAUGCCCAGCCGCAGCUGUUUUGUGAGCCGCGGCCUGUCUCGCUGCCCAGCCCCAUGGACAAGCAAAACAUCAUCAACGACAUCCUGCAGAUGUCAGAGAACAGCCCGGCCACACCGCCGCAGCAUCCGCAGCACAAGAAUGUUAGCGGUGGCAUGGGGCCCACCAAUUUCGGGGGCGUGCGGCCGGGCAGGGGCGGGCCGAUGAGGAGUGUGUCGCUGGAGAUGAGCGCCACGCCGCAGUACCCCAUGAGGACCACCAGCCCAUACGCGCUGGUUCAGCAGCAGCAGCAAAGCAUGGUGGGAGGACACGGCAUGAUGGCGAGCCAGGCCAAUAUGGUCGUCCCAGGACUCGUGGGUCCGGGCGCUACUCGGCUAGGUAUACAGCAGCAACAGCAGGAAGGCUGGGCGGGCUCAGCUUCGGUUCCGCAGCUGGCCCAGAGUCGGAUGGGCCCGGGCGGCACUCCCAUGAGGCCAGGGCAGCCAGGACCUCGGCAAAUGCUCCAGACCUCCAUGAUGCCCAACGCCCAACUUGACAUGGACAUGAGUAUGGUCGGCCACUUCUCUCAGCAGCAGCAGCAGGCUCCGCCCAAUCAGACGGCACCUUGGCCGGACAGCAUGAUGCCCAUUGAGCAGACUCCGUUUGUCAACCAGAACAGGUCGCUGCACCCGACUCCUCAGGAGGACUUGUUGUGCAGCAUUGGCCUCGGCGAAGGGGGUCCAGUGGACGAGGGGGCCCUCAUGUCUCAGCUGUACUCAGCGCUAAAGGAUUUUGACGGCCUAGAGGAGCUGGACCGGGCGCUCGGCAUCCCCGCUCUGAUCGAACAGAAUCAGACGCUAGACCAGGACCAGUUUGCGCAGGACCCCUCCUCCAUGAUGCUGGAGCAGAAGCCCCCCAUGUACGCCCAGCAGCAGUUUGGCCCGCCCCCGUCCCACAUGGCGCAGAGGGGCUACCCUGGCGCGCCCAUGCAGGAGCCGGGCUUCCACUCGAUGGCCGGCCAGAUGCCGCCGCGUCCCGGUUACCCAAUGAUGAGGAUGCAGGCCCGGGCGGGACUCAGGCCCAGCGGGGUGGUGCCCAACCAGCCCAACACGCUGCGCCUUCAGCUGCAACAUCGGCUUCAGUCACAGCAGCAGAACCGACAGCCAAUGAUGACUCAGAUGAGUAGUGUGUCAAAUGUGAACCUACCUCUAAGAUCCAACGCUCCCAAUCAGGGGACCAUCAAUGCCCAGAUGCUGGCGCAGCGUCAACGCGAGAUGCUGAGCAACCACUUGCGACAGCGGCAGCAACAGCAGCAGCGGAGCAUGGCCAUGCGGGCGCAGGGCCUCAACUUGCCGCCCAACAUGAGCGGGCCGCGGAUCCCCCAGGCCAACCCCCAGCAGUUCCCCUACCCGCCCAGCUACGGUACCGGUACAGGCCUGGCCUCGCCACCUCCCCCUAGCAGCCCCUUCUCCUCCCCCUCGCCUCUCUCCUCCCCCAGCCUGCCGUCUCUCCCCGCCAACCCCCAGCUGCACUUGCAUGGCACCUCCUCCUCUUCCUGCUCCACCCCUUCCCCCUCUUCUCAGCAGAUGAUGAUGAUGAUGAUGGGAAACACAAACAUGAUGGGCGGACAGUACGGGACCGUACUCAGCCCCCAAAUGCAGCACAGUGCCUUUCAGUUUCCCAACUCAGGUAUGAGCCAACAGGCGGAGAGUGGUUUCGGGGGUCCCGGUGCACCGCCGAGCCCUCUGCUGUCCCCACGGGUGGCACACGCCCAGCAAUCCCCCAUGAUGCAGCAGGGCUCGGGCGGUACCCCCUUCCAGGGCUCGUCGGACAUCAAUGGCUGGACGCAGGGCAACGUGGCAGGGAGCAGUAUGUUCUCACAACAGCAGGCGUCCCCUCAGUUUAGCCAGCAGCAACAGCAGAAUAAUGGCAGCCUGUUCAACGGUGUCCCUGGCAUGGGCCAGAUGGGCGUCGCAUCCAUGUCCUCGCCCGGCUUGCCCUCCAUGGGACAAGAGCCGAAAUACUGUUAACUCUCAUUGAGUUGGACUUGAGAUGGAGCAACAACAAAACAACAAAAAGUGUACGAACGUAAGCGAGCCAACAGCCCUCAAAGAUUACGAAAUACAGUCAGGCUUCUGUCUGCAUUCACCGUAGUGUGACUUACUGUAGGCCCCCCGGGUACGAGGGGCAAACCACCUCCCCAAUCCCCUCCCACGCCCCGAUGAAUGUAUUCCUCUCAGCGGACUGCGGCUAUUUACAAUCUCAUUGUUAAUAUUUCACAACCCCCCCCCC